UGCUUACAAUCACGUGCGCGCAACCCUUAGGUGAAAGGGCCGGCAGGAGAGGCGAGAUCAGUCUUGUGUGUUGGGUUAGUUUCACAACACGUGGAGACAUGGCCGACAAGGGGAAACUGAGCCACGAAAUGAAUAGUUUUCCAGUCAACGGUGGUAAUUUACAAGUAACGACAGAGAACCCAACACAAUUGCCCGAUGAUGAUUUACCGGAACGUGGAAAUUGGGUUGGACGUUUGGACUUUAUUAUGUCAUGUGUUGGUUACGCUAUCGGUUUGGGUAACGUUUGGAGAUUUCCUUACCUGUGUUACAAGAACGGUGGUGGUGCAUUUUUGGUUCCAUACCUCCUAACUCUAUUUCUUGCUGGCAUACCUACAUUUUUUCUGGAAACGUCUCUAGGUCAAUUUCUCAGCAUCGGGGGUCUCGGAGUAUGGAAGAUAUGCCCUGUUUUCAAAGGUGUCGGUUACGCUGCAGCAGUAAUGGCUUUCUGGCUGAAUAUCUAUUACAUCGUUGUUCUAUCGUGGGCAUUGUACUAUGUUUUCAAUUCUCUAACAUGGGAUGUACCUUGGAGAACAUGUGAUAAUUGGUGGAAUUCUGAAUAUUGCCGUAGCGAAUAUGAUUACGUACACAAUUGCAGCGAUUCUGACGAUACGUGUCUCAAUGCGACUAGUGUGAAAAGCCCUGUCAAGGAAUAUUGGGAAAAGAACGUAUUGCAAGUAUCUUCAGGAUUAGGAGAACCAGGAGAGGUUAGAUGGCCUCUUGCAGGAACGCUUGCAAUUGCCUGGGUGCUAUGUUACUUUUGUAUAUGGAAGGGCGUUAAGUGGACUGGAAAAGUUGUUUAUUUCACGGCUUUGUUUCCUUACGUCUUGCUAUUUAUUUUAUUAAUCCGUGGCAUUACUCUUCCUGGUGCCAUCGAUGGUAUCAAGUUCUACAUUUAUCCAGAUAUGCAUAAAUUGGCUGAUUCACGAGUAUGGAUCGAUGCUGCAACACAAAUCUUCUUCUCGUAUGGUCUAGGUCUCGGCUCUUUAAUAGCGUUAGGAAGUUAUAACAAAUAUCACAAUAAUGUUUAUAGAGAUUCUUUGAUUGUAUCGUGCAUCAACAGUGGCACAUCAAUGUUUGCAGGUUUCGUGAUCUUCUCUGUUGUCGGUUUCAUGGCUCAUGAGCAAAAUCGACCAGUAAAUGAAGUCGCCGCUUCAGGUCCCGGUUUGGCUUUCCUGGCUUAUCCAUCAGCGGUACUAAAGUUACCAGUAUCACCAUUAUGGGCAGUUUUGUUCUUUCUUAUGAUCAUCAUGCUGGGGCUCGACAGCCAGUUCUGUACUAUGGAAGGUUUCAUAACUGCAGUAGUAGACGAGUGGCCUCGAUUACUCAGGCCUCAUAAAGAGAUUUUUAUCGCUAUCGUCUGCGUAAUAUCAUACAUAAUUGGUCUCUGUUUCGUAACGCAGGGGGGAAUGUACGUGUUUCAACUCUUCGACUACUAUGCUGCCAGCGGGAUAUCGCUACUGUUUCUUAUAUUCUUCGAAGUCGUAUCCAUAGCGUGGUCUUACGGUGUAACAAGAUAUUACGAAAACCUUCACGAUAUGCUAGGUUAUUAUCCAUGUUUCUGGUGGAAACUUUGCUGGUUCUUCUUCACACCAUGUGUUUGUUUAGGAGUGUUUCUCUUCAGCUUAGUACAAUACAAACGUUUGGAUUACAUCGGAUAUGUAUAUCCUCCUUGGGGUGAAGCCGUGGGUUGGUUGUUAGCUUUGUCGUCAAUGCUAUGCAUCCCAUUCUAUGCUAUAUAUAGGUUUCUCACCACAUCUGGGAACUUCCGCGAGCGUUGCAAGAAACUGUUUCGACCAGAAAUUGGUCACGUCCUAGAAGAAAUCAGGAAUCGGAAAUUGAAGGAAGCACCAUCAACAGUAACGUCAUCCGUUUAAGCCAAUAAACAACUAAAAUCAACAAAGAAUGCCAAAAUUCCAUCGUGAUUGCUUCCAUGUUGUUGUUGAAAGGCAGGCAUCAGUUAUUUUUGACAGCAAUACAGAUUGUUAUAGUUACCUCUAAGGUCGAAUUCGAGUGGUGAAAGUAUUUCUUAUGCUUCCUUGUAAAGGACGGUUUAACAAGGGAUUUAUUUAUCAUGUUGUAAUCUUAGUUUUUGGGAUUGUUUUUUUUUUGUUAUCGUGGUAUAAAACAAAAUCAAUGUUUAGAGUAUACGGGAUUAUAUAAUCUUAUAGGUAUUUCCGACGGUUAUAAGAACGGAUAUGAAAUUUUUGAAUUGGCUGUUUUUUAGAUUGAUAAAUAUUGUAAGAUAUUCUAAUGUUUAUCUUUAUGCAUAUUAUGGGAACAUUUAUUGAAAGUUAAAGGAAGAUUUUUAAAGUCUUAUAUAGUUUGUAGUUUCUACCUCAUGUUGACACAUUGUUCCAAAUAUUGCUGUGCAUAAUAUUUUAGAACCCAUGUUUGACAUAUGGCACUUGUUUGUUAAUAUUUAUGUUUUUCGAAAUCCCGUUUAUAUAUAUAUAUAUAAAUAUACAUUAUAAAUAUGUAGAGAACAACCUGAAGUCUUCCAAAAAACCAAAAAAAAGAAGCAAGUCUUUUAUGCAUUUAUCCCGAUAAGAUCCCGUCUUCCAUCAUAAACUGUGAUGUCUUCAUAAAUCAAGGCCCUUUAUAGUUUUAAAAUAUGGAAGAAUUUAAAAUAAUAAUGCAUAAAACUUUAAUAAUAUAUUUUAAAAAGAUAUCAACAAAAAAUACUUGAAAUUUUUAUAAAUUUUUUAAUAAAACACAUUAAACAUUUGCUUAAUAAAAAAAAAAUAAAUAAAAUUUUAAAUGGGUAAAGAAAAACGUUUUUAUCCUGACAAUUAAAUACAUUUUAUGUGAUUUAUGGACCAAGAUAUUUAAAUGUGUGGCCUUGUCUUUUUAAAUAAGCGUACAAUUGUUUCGUAAAUGACGAAGAAAAAUAAUGUUGUAAUGUCGAUUUGUAUAAUUAAUAAUCAUUAAUUAAAAGCUGUGCUAGGCUCACAGCAUUUAAAUUCACUUGUCUUCCAAAAUUAUUAGAAUGAAAUUGUAUAGAAUUAACUGUAGUAAGAUUUCUCUAAACUGUCUUUUAUGUUGCAUGCUUGUUAUGAAAUUAUGUAAUUACUCUGUCCUGAUUUGUAAAAUGAAGGAAUUCAAAUUGUUGUGUGGUUAUGUAGUUACUUGUUGCUUCAAAAUAAAGUGCCAUAAUUGA